AUGCCACUGGAGGCGCAGGAUUUGCUGUACGUGGUGCUGGAGCUGGCCAUCGCCGCGCUGUCGGUGGCGGGCAACGUGCUGGUGUGUGCCGCCGUGGGCACGUCGAGCGCGCUCCAGACACCCACCAACUACUUCCUGGUGUCCUUGGCGGCGGCGGACGUGGCCGUGGGGCUGUUCGCCAUCCCGUUUGCCAUUACCAUCAGCCUGGGCUUCUGCACAGACUUUCAUAGCUGCCUCUUCCUCGCCUGCUUCGUGCUGGUGCUCACGCAGAGCUCCAUUUUUAGCCUCCUGGCCGUGGCCCUCGACAGGUACCUGGCCAUCUGCGUCCCGCUCAGGUAUAAGAGUUUGGUCACUGGGACCCGGGCAAGAGGGGUCAUUGCUGUCCUCUGGGUCCUUGCCUUUGGCAUUGGACUGACUCCGUUCCUGGGAUGGAACAGCAAAGAAAGUGCCACCAACAACUGCACAGAGCCCUGGAACGGAGCCAUGAAUGAAAGCUGCUGCCUUGUGAGGUGUCUCUUUGAGAACGUGGUCCCCAUGAGCUACAUGGUAUACUUCAAUUUCUUCGGAUGUGUUCUGCCUCCACUACUCAUAAUGCUGGCGAUCUAUAUCAAGAUCUUCCUGGUGGCCUGCAAGCAGCUUCAGCGCACUGAGCUGGUGGACCACUCGACGACCACCCUUCAACGGGAGAUCCACGCCGCCAAAUCCCUAGCCAUGAUCGUGGGAAUUUUUGCUCUGUGCUGGUUACCAGUACAUGCUAUCAACUGUGUCACUCUUUUUCAGCCAGCUCAAGCUAAGGCUAGGCCCAAGUGGGCAAUGAACAUGGCCAUCCUCCUAUCACAUGCCAACUCAGUUGUCAAUCCCAUUGUCUACGCCUACCGGAACCAAGACUUCCAUUAUACUUUUCACAAAAUCAUCUCCCGGUAUGUUCUCUGCCAGACAGAUGUCCUCAAGAGUAGGAAUGGGCAGGCGGGAGCACAGCCUGCUCCUGAUGUGGGCCUAUGACUUAGGCUCUGGCCUCUUCAAGAAGGCACAAAUUCACAAUAAACAAAGGGACAUGACAUGACUGACUGAUCCUCAUUGUGAAAGACAGCUACACCUCACAAGCAUACGGGCUUCCUCUGCUGAUUAUUUCCCUGGAGUUACCACAUUAUCUAGCUAAUACGUACAUGUUGUUACCAGGCUCCCGGGCCUGACAAAUAUAUUUUGUGGCAUUUAUGGUUCUACUCAGCUGCUCUUACUAAGUGGAUGAUGCUGACAUGUGAAUGGAUUCUAAAAGAUAGCUUUUUUUUAAGAGUCUGCAUCUUUCAUAGUAGGAAAUAAUUGAAACCAUUUUACUGUGAAACACUAUGAAGUAUUAUAAUGCAAACAUUUGAAACUUAGAGACAAUGGAAAAAGUUAUAUAUACUAAAAAUGUAUACUUAUUCCUAGGGCAGUCAGGAAAACUAAAAGUAUAAUUCUUCAAUCAAGAAAUUGCUGUAUUAACUUAGGGAAAUGAUACUCUCUUAAGUUCUUCAGUAGAAUAUUGUCAGAUAACAGUUUUGAGCUCCCUUCUUUUCCAUGUACAGAAAAUUUACUCUAGAGGAAGAAACUGAAGAAAUGGGAUCUCUCCUCUACCAGAUUCCACUUUCCCCUUCUAGAGCUAGGUAAUGUGUUUGACUUCUCUCCUAACCUCAAGUUUGGCUAAGAUGUUGGAACGCAAAGUAUUAAAGUUUUACUGAGUAAAAGUAUAUAACUCUGUGUAUGUGUAUUAGGUGAAAUAAUAAAACUUUAAAAAAUAAGCUUAGGGUACGGCAUUGGCUUGUCAUACAGAACUGUAUCUACUCUCUGUACUUUACCCUGAAGACUGCUUUAAAAACUUAUGUUUAUACCCAGCCCAAGUUUCCUUAGUAGUAGAAAAGUCUUGACAGAUUUUAUUUGCCACACCUCAAAGUAACAAAAUGCUCUGCCAGCCACAGAACAUUGCAACAUCUGUGGCAUUUGGCUUUUCACACAGCAUUCA